AUGUCUUUUAUGUUAAAAAACAUGAUGGGGGGGCAGCUGAAAGAUCUUACCGGCGGUCUUAAAGACGAAAAACCUGAAGCAGAAACGUCAGAUGCUGCUACAAAAGGAAUGACACCAGAAGAGUUCGAAGAAUACCAACAACAGUUGGCUGAGGAGAAGAUGGAGCGAGAUGCCAGUUUUGCCCAGAAGAAAGCUGAACGGGCCACGGUCAGGAGCCACUUCAGGGACAAAUAUCGUCUUCCAAAAAGUGAGCUUGAUAACACGCAGAUUCAGGCAGCAGGAGAUGAUGUGGAGCUGCCCACUGAGCUGGCCAAGAUGAUUGCAGAGGACAACCAGGAGGAGGAGCAUAAGCAGUCUGUCCUGGGUCAGCUGACCAACAUUCAGAAUGUGGAUAUUGAUCAGUUAAAAGAAAAGGCCCAGAACACCAUUGAAGACCUUAAACAGUCUGCAGAAAAGUGUGAUGUUAUGUAA